AUGACUUCCCCAAAAAGACGUAUCGAGAAAGAUGUUAUGGAGUUGAUGAUGAGUGAUCAUGACGUUACCUUAAUAGACGAUUCAAUCCAACAAUUUUUUGUUAUUUUCCAUGGACCACCAGACACUCCUUACGAAGGAGGCGUCUGGAAGAUUAGAGUGGAGUUACCUGAUCAAUAUCCUAUCAAAUCGCCUUCGAUUGGGUUUACCAAUAAAAUUUAUCAUCCAAACAUAGACGAAGGGUCAGGGUCGGUGUGUCUUGACGUAAUAAAUCAAACUUGGUCUCCAAUGUUUGGUCUAUUAAAUAUUUUCGAAAACUUUUUGCCCCAUUUAUUGAGGUACGCUAACCCAAGUGAUCCAUUGAAUACCGAGGCAUCGAACUUGAUGACAAAGGACGAGGCAAAGUAUAACGAUACUGUUAAAAAAUAUGUGCAGCAAUAUGCAAAGAACAACUUUGAUAUUUCAGGGAAAGAUGAUGAUGAAGAUAACGAUGAUGACGACGAUGAGUUGAGUGACGUGGGAAGUUUGUCCAGUGAUGAUGACAACGAAGAUGUAGCUGGUUCAAUGGAAGUAUAG